AUGGUCGUGCAAACAAUCGAGGGCAUCGUCACAAAAGCCGGCGUCAUGGCGAAAACAGUCACAGUCACAGUCGAGCGUCGAUUGAUACACCCCAAACUCCUCAAGCCCUACAUCCGCCACAAAAAGUAUCUGGUGCACGAUGAAGCCGAUUCGCUUUCUGUAGGAGACAAGAUCAUCGCUUCAGCAUGCAGACCGCUUUCAGCACGCAAGCGCUUCACCCUCUUUGACAAGGUCGGCACAGAGGCCGAAGCAGAGGCUCGCAGGGCAAAAGCGGAGAGCUUCAUGUCGGCAGAGGACAAGGAGAAGAUCCGCAUCGAGCAGUUGGUCAAGGACGAGAUUGCAAAACGCGCCGGCGGAAGCGGGUCGAAGCAGGCCUGA